CCUUCUCUUCUUCUGUCUCCUCCUCCCGCAGCUGCAGUCACUUCUCAUUUCCACGCCACACUCCCAGGUGUAUUGUGGCUGCUGUGCUCUCAGACGGAGAUUCCAUCCCAGGCAGCCUCUUUUGCUCUCUCAAGUUGCCUUAACAGUCGGUGCCUUUCCUCAGACCUCCGAUCCUGCUUCCAAUGGCCACAGAAUGGCCAGGACGCUUCGGGGCCGUAGCCAGCUGCCUGAAAUUCCUGCUGAUCCUCCCGGUCCUGAAUUUUUCUUGUGAAGCCUGUAAGGAUGUUACUUUCUAUGUGCCUAUUGAAUUAGAAGCUAAGGAAAUUAUUGGCAGAGUUAAUCUGGAAGAAUGCUUCAAGCCUGCAAACCUUAUUCAGUCAGGUGAUUCUGACUUUGGAAUUGUAGAAGAUGGUUCAAUAUAUCCAACAAGGACACUUUCGUUGUCUUCAGGGAAGAGAUCUUUUAUCAUAUACCUUGUAAAUACUCAGAAUUGGAAACAAAAGGAAAUAAACGUAACAUUGGAACAUCAAAAGAAGAAACUGAAUAAAAGACAAGUAAAAGAAACAAUUCUCAGACGUGCCAAGAGAAGAUGGGCUCCUAUUCCAUGUUCGAUUCAAGAGAAUUCCUUGGGUCCUUUCCCUUUAUUUCUUCAACAGAUCCAAUCUGAUUCAGCCCAGAAAUAUACUGUUUACUACUCCAUCAGUGGGCCUGGAGUUGAUCAAAAACCUCUCAAUUUGUUUUAUAUAGAGAAAGAUACUGGGAAUUUAUUUUGUACUGGUCCUGUAGAUCGUGAGACAUAUGAGGCUUUUGAGAUAGUAGCCUAUGCUUCCACUCCAGAUGGAUAUUAUUCAGACUCUCCUUUACCACUUACUAUCAAAAUUGAAGAUGAAAAUGACAACUACCCAAUGUUCACAGAAACAGUUUAUAAUUUUGAGGUUCUUGAAGGCUCUAGAGUUGGUACAACUGUGGGGAGGGUAUCUGCCACAGAUAGAGAUGAACCUGAUACAAUGCAUACACGCCUGAAGUACUCCAUUAUGGAACAACAACCACCAUCUCCUAAAUUAUUUGCAGUGCAUCCUGUUUCAGGUGUGAUUACCACAAUAUCACAUCAGCUGGACAGAGAGGUAGUAGACAAAUACAAAUUGACAAUGAAAGUACAAGAUAUGGAUGGUCAAUUUUUUGGUUUGAUGAAUACAUCAACUUGUAUCAUUUCAGUAAAAGAUGCAAAUGAUCAUGCCCCCACUUUCAUAAAGUCUAUGUAUGAAAUAUCAAUUGAAGAAAAUACAAUCAAGAAGAAUAUUUUGCGAGUAGCUGUACAAGAUAAGGAUUUGCCUAACACUGCUAAUUGGAGAGCUAAUUAUACCAUUUUAAAAGGCAAUGGAAAUAAAAAUUUUGAGAUUGUGACAGAUCCCAAAACCAAUGAAGGUGUUUUAUCUGUUAUUAAGCCACUGGACUAUGAGGAAAAUAAGAAGGUGAUGCUGGAAAUUGGUGCAACCAAUGAAGCCCCAUUUUCUAUCGAUAUACGGAGCAUAAGCACAGCUGUGGUAACAGUAAAUGUAAUAGAUCAGAAUGAAGGUCCGGAUUGCAGGCCAGCAGCACAAAGUGUUCGCAUUAAGGAAGAUGUAUCUGUGGGGACAAGAGUUAAUGGGUAUAAAGCACAAGACACAGAAACCAGAAGUGGCAGUGAUAUAAGGUAUAAGAAAUUAAAUGAUCCCAAAGGAUGGGUCACCAUUGAUGAGACUUCAGGGUCAAUAAUAACUUCCAAAAAACUGGACAGAGAGGCAGAGGGCAUUAAAAAUGGUGUAUAUAGCAUUACAGUGCUAGCAACAGACAAAGAUGGUAAAACAUGUACUGGCACCCUUGGAAUUAUCCUUGAAGAUGUGAAUGACAAUGCCCCAGUCAUCCUUCAAGAUAAUAUAGUACUUUGCAAACCAAAGAUGGGACAAAUGACAGUUGUUGCUGUCGAUCCUGAUGAUCCAAUGAAUGGACCUCCAUUUGAUUUCAAAUUAGGACUUGGUUCUCCUGAUAUCCAGAAAAUAUGGACAGUGACCAGAUUGAAUGAUACAUCUGCAUAUCUUUCAUAUCAGAAUAACGCUCAAUUUGGAAAAUAUGCCAUACCUAUUACUGUGAGUGACAGACAUGGAAUGUCUUCAACAAAGAUGAUGCGUGUUAAUCUCUGUGAUUGUGUUCAUCCAGAACAAUGUGAAUCUGCAAGAUCAGCAUAUGCAGACACAAGACUGGGCACAUGGGCCAUCCUUGCAAUAUUAUUGGGCAUAGCAUUACUAUUUUGCGUUUUAUUCACAUUAGUCUGUGGAAUUUGGAGUCCCUCAAAAGUAAAAAAACCAUUUCCUGAUGAUAUGGCUCAGCAGAAUUUAAUUAUAUCAAAUACAGAAGCUCCUGGAGAUGACAGAGUGUGUUCCACAAAUGGAUUUGCAACCCAGAUGUUGAACGGAAAUGGCCAAAGUAUUUGUGGCACAUUAGGAUCAGGAAUUAAAAAUGGGGGACAUGAAUGCUUUGAAAUGGUGAAAGGAGGACAUCAGACCUUGGAAUCCUGUCGAGGAGGGCAUCAAACUCUGGAAUCCUGUCGAGGAGGGCAUCAAACUCUGGAAUCUUGUCGAGGAGGGCAUCAAACUCUGGAAUCUUGUCGAGGAGGGCAUCAAACUCUGGAAUCCUGUCGAGGAGGACAUCACAUUGUAGAUUCAUGCAGGAAUGGAGGACAUGUUGAAGUUGAUACUUGCAGAUAUACAUACUCUGAGUGGCACAAUUAUACUCAACCACAUCUUGGUGAAAAGUUGCAUCUCUGCAAUCAGAAUGAAGAUAACACCAAUGCUCAAGAUUAUGUUCUAUCAUAUAACUAUGAAGGAAGAGGCUCCACGGCUGGUUCUGUAGGGUGUUGCAGUGAGCGCCAUGAUGAAGAAGGGUUUGAAUUUUUAGAUCAACUGGAACCCAAAUUUGCUACAUUAGCACAAACAUGCAUGAAGAGAUAAAUGUGUUGAUAAUAAUUCUUUACCUUUUUUCACAUAGUUUAGAGGAAAUUAGAAAAAAUUUAAAUUUGAUGAUUAUGAUGAGGGUGAAUUUUUCUACAUUUUGAAAAGAGGAUGUAUUUAUCCUCACACAAUUUUUUUUCCCUUUAAAUCUAUUUACCUCUUCCAAGAGGCAAUACAAGGCAAAAUCAAAUCACUUUUCUUUAUAUGGAGGGCUAAAUAGAUAAAUGACUAUUUCUAAGCCUCCAUUAUAAGAAUUAAAAAUUAUAUAUUCACUUGUAUAUUUCCUUCUCCCUCUUUCCCUCAUCCUAAAAUAUAUAUUGCUAUUAAACUUUGGUGAUGAUGCAUUGACAGCAUACCAAGUGAUUUCCAUGCCAACAAUCCUAUAGAAUAUAAUAAUUUCAAACUAAAUAUAAGACAAUAUUUGAAACUUUUGUUAGGUGAGUUAGUUCCUUGAUCAUGUAGCAUGAUGGGAGAGAGUGAAUAGAAAGGCAGGAAGAAAGGAAGGAGAGGGAGAGAGAAGAAGGGGAAGAUGAGAGAAGAGGGAUAGAGGUAGAGGGGGAGAGAGAAUUUUAUAUUCAUUACCUAAAAAUGAUAGUUUUUUAAAAAAAAGUAGCUCUUUAUUAAACUAACUGAAUAUAAUACUUACUGACUCUUGAGUCAGAUAACCUGGAUUCAAAUUCUGCCUUUGAUGCUUAUUAUUUGUGUGACUACCAGUAAGUGGUAAAUGAAUAUUAAUAUUCAUCUGGCUCAGUUUCUUCAUCUGAAAAAUCAUGGGCCCAGCACCUUAUCUAUAAUCUUACAUUAAAUAUAUAAGUUUCUUAAUAUUCAUCUGGCUCAGUUUUCUCAUCUGAAAAAUCAUGGGCCCAGCACCUUAUCUAUAAGUUUACAUUAAAUAUAUGUUUCUUAAUAUUCAUCUGACUCAGUUUCCUCAUCUGAAAAAUCAUGGGCCCAGCAUCUUAUCUAUAAUCUUACAUUAAAUAUAUAAAACUCCUUUAUUUUUCUUUAUUCUCUCCGUGAAGUAGAAAAUCUUAUUAAUUUCUCUGACUUGGCUGUUCCGUUCCAGUUAUUGGCAGAAAUAAGAAUGACCUUUCAGUACUAAAACUGCAGGAUCAACAACAUAAAUUUCUCUUUGAAGAGGAGGGUAACAUUAUUUGCUUCUGAUUGGGCAUUCUCUUUUCAACAUAAACCUCUAAUAAUGUGUAGCAUUGCAGAGUGUUAACCUUUUACUACUUAUGAACAAUGAAAGUAAGUUUUAAUAAUAUUUAAUUUUCCAUAAUUCCUUUGACAUAAAGUGGCUAAUACCUUUUUUAGAGUUGUGAUUUUACACCUGAACUUUGUAAGCCAUAAGCAGUGAAGACUGAGUACAUAAUAGAGUGUUUUGUGUCAAAAUCAGAGCAGAAUAACAACCAGUAUUUUUUUAUAUAAUUAUUAUCUUCAUGACUGUUAGUCACUUUUGGUAAUUCCCAAAAUAGCUGGAUUAUGAACAUUCUGUAAACCAGGGAUGAGAAGAGAAACCUUUUUUCUGCCAAGGGCCAUUUGAAUAUUCAUGGCAUCAUUUGCAGUCCAUACAAAAUUAUAAAUUUAUAGAACUCAAACAGUAAAGGUUAUUGUAUCUAGAUUUCAGCUCAUCCUCUCCUGUAGUUGUCUAAGGAAAUGAUUUCUUGGCCCCCUUAUGGCCUGUGGACUUGAUAUUCUUAAAUCUUGCUCAGAAAUGUAGAGAUCAAGCUACUUCAUUCCCC